CUUAUACACUCCUGCACUGUCUGUUAGACACAGCGUCAUACACAGAGGAAGUAACACUCCCACAGGCAGUGACACAGAGUUUUAAGAUUAACAAAGUUAAAAAGGGCAAGUCCAACUCUCUUAAUUGAGGAUAAUUCUUCAUUGGAGGACCUUUACAUAGUUAAUUUAUUGAUAAGAACUGAGCGACAGUGUGGAAGAUGUCCUGCCUCAAGGGCCUAAAGUACACCAUGUGUGUGGUGAACUUCAUCUUUUUUAUCUGUGGUGCUGCUAUCUUUGCAUUGGGAAUCUAUCUGCUGACAUCCUCCAAAUUCUCUUCCCUGCUACCCAGCCUUCAGGUUGUAAACACAGCCAGUACUCUCUUCGUCACAGGGAUCAUCAUCACAUGUGUGUCCUUCUUGGGCUUUCUUGGAGCUCUGAAGGAAAAGCGUUGCCUGCUAAUAUCAUUCUUCAUUCUGCUGUUCAUUCUAAUGCUGGCUGAGUUGGCCACUGCCUGCCUUCUGCUCAUGUAUGAGAGAGAGAUUGACCAGUUCAUUGAGAAAGAUCUCAAAACCGGUUUAGAGACAUACGAAGCAGGCAGGGGAAAAAAUGUCACAGACGCAAAUGACUGGGACACUGUGCAAAAGGCAUUUAAAUGCUGUGGUGUCAAAAACUAUACGGACUGGAAGGAUCCUGUACCACCGUCAUGCUGCAUUCACGACCCCUGUCCAAAAAAUGGAACACAGUUCUGGAAUCAGGGUUGUUAUGACAAGCUGAAGGUGGUAUUUGACAACAACCUGUUGAACACAGGGAUUGCCGUCAUUGUUAUCUGCAUUAUUGAGGUCUUGGGUAUGUGUUUCUCAAUGACCCUGUUCUGCCACAUAAAUCGAUCUGGAUUAAGAUACAAGUGAUACAUUUCCACAUUUGGGACUACAAGGACAUCUGCAAAGUUUAUGUUUUUAAUAACCAUUGUCUCCCACUAUCAAAUGACUUAUCCAGUUAAAGAGCCAGUAAAAACAAAACUCACAAUUCUAAAUAAUUGACAACAGCAUUAUGAUCAUUGCCAGAAUGAUUAGCCAAAAGGUCUUUGUUCACAUUUUUGAUGAUGUUGCAAUUGUCAUAAUAUAACAUGUAUGCCGUGGUCAGUUCUUCUUUUUACUUCUUUUAUAAAAUCAUCAGCAUUUAAACCAUUACUGCGGAACUGGUUAAAAAAAUCUCCUUUCGUUCAGCAGUAUUAUUUUUACAGUGACCAUCACAGCUUAAAUGGAAACUUCUUAGGGGGUUUUAUGGGCGGAAUUCACCCACAUGCACAUCUCAAGUCUCAAGCCUGAAAGAGAAGGUAAGAGAAUGUUUCCAUCAUGAAUCAUAUUUACACACUUAGAUCUAACUCUCUAUUUCACUGUAUACAUACAUACACACACAUAUAUAUAUAUAUAUAUAUAUAUAUAUA